AUGGCUUCCUACUCGCAAUACUUGACCAAGGCUCAGGAGGAUGAGCUUCGCUCUAUCGCCAAUGCCAUUGUCUCUCCAGGAAAGGGAAUCCUCGCCGCUGACGAGUCAACCGGAUCUAUGGAAAAGCGUCUCACCAGCAUCGGACUUGAGAAUAACGAGGAAAACCGUCGCAAGUACCGUCAACUUCUCUUCACCGCCGGAGCUGAUCUUAACAAGUACAUCUCUGGUGUGAUUAUGUUUCACGAGACCUUCUACCAAAAGACCGACGACGGAAAGCCAUUCACUGCUCUGCUCCAGGAGCAAGGAAUCAUUCCAGGAAUCAAGGUUGAUAAGGGUGUUAUCCCAUUGGCUGGAACUAUUGGAGAGGGUACCACCCAAGGAUUGGAUGACUUGAACGCUCGUUGUGCCCAAUACAAAAAGGAUGGCGCACAGUUCGCCAAGUGGAGAUGUGUUCACAAGAUCUCAUCCACCACUCCAUCGGUCACUGCUCUGAAGGAGGUCGCUCAGGUGUUGGCUCGCUAUGCAUCGAUCUGCCAACAAAACGGGUUGGUCCCAAUUGUUGAGCCGGAGAUCCUUCCUGACGGAGAACACGAUUUGGCUCGUGGACAAAAGAUCACCGAGACCGUUCUUUCGUACGUCUACCAUGCUCUCAACGAGCACCACGUUUUCCUUGAGGGGACUCUUCUCAAGCCAAACAUGGUCACAUCUGGACAGUCAUUCACCGGUGAGAAACCAUCAAAUGCUGAUAUCGGAUUGGCCACUGUCACUGCUCUUCAACGUGGAGUUCCAUCUGCAGUGCCAGGAGUUGUCUUCUUGUCAGGAGGACAAUCCGAGGAAGAUGCUACAAAAAAUUUGAAUGCUAUCAACCAGGUCUCCGGAAAGAAGCCAUGGGCUCUAACCUUCUCAUACGGUCGUGCUCUUCAAGCAUCAUGCCUUGCCAAAUGGGCUGGAAAGGACGAGAACAUCGCUGCCGCCCAAGAAGUGCUUCUUCAUCGUGCUCAAGUCAACUCUCUUGCUUCAGUAGGAAAAUACACUGGAGACGCUUCAGCUGACGCCGCAGCAUCUCAAUCCCUCUUCGUCGCCAACCAUGCUUAUUAA